AUGGAUCACCUGAGGCCGCCUGAACCGCUACGUUUGACAGCUGAUGGAGGAAGGAACUGGAUGCGGUUUUGUCAGCAGUUCGAAUUUUUUCUGCAAGCGACGGCAUACCAAGCUAAUCCGAGGUCGAAAGCAGCGAAAACGGCCCUGCUCCUCAGCGGUGCGGGAGAGGGAGCCUUGGACGUUUUCAACAAUUUUGUGUUCAGCGGAGAAGAAAACAAGGAGGAUUUCUGCACCGUAAUUGCUAAAUUCGAAGAUUACUGCCUGGAGCAACAAAAUGAAAUACACGAUCGAGCGAUACGUGUUCCGUUCCCGCAGUCAAGUGAGAAAGAGCGCGUGUAUGAAGUGCAACAUCAGAGCGACGACUUCGAAGUACUGAAUGUCGCCAGCAGCUGCGCAAGCAGAGAACGGGACUGGCGUGGGAACGCAUGCAUUGGCGGCAAGUACAUCCCCUUUAAGGUGGACACGGGAUCGCAGGCCAAUGUUCGGCCACUUUCAAUGUUUCGCAAGCUCAAGACGACAACCCUGAUGCCCAGUAGCGCAGUUCUGAGAUCAUAUGAUGGCAACACGAUCAAGCACAUCGGCAAGUUUUCAGCGCUUAUCGGGAUUGGUGGUCGCAAGGCGUGCGCAGAAUUUUUUGUAGUAAAGGACCACAGCACUAUCUUAGGAUUGGACACCAGCGAGAAGUUUAGAAUCUUACAGCGGGCUGUUGAAAGCGUGACGACGAACGACACCGAAGAAAUUGUCAACGAGUUUCCACGUCUUUUCCACGGAACAGGAUGCGCCCCACGUGAAUACAAGAUUGAGCUGCACAGGGAUGCCGUGCCAGUCGUCCAGCCAGCUUGGAGGGUUCCCCUGUCCCUGCGUGAGCCUCUACGUACUGAACUGGACAGAAUGAAAAAGGAGGGCAUCAUCCAGAAGGUCAGCAGCCGCACAGAUUGGGUAAGCCCCCUUGUCAUUGUACUAAAGAAAGAUGGCAAAUUGGCGAGUCCUGUUGAAGAUGGCCCGUCUCCGGGCGAACUCUUGCAAAGACGGCGGCUGCGCACACCAUUGCCGGACUUCAAUCCAGUGUCAGCAACGCUCGUCAAGAAACACCGGCAGAGAAGUCAUCAUAGGCGCACCCUACCUGGCCUCUGCGACAAUGACGUGGUUCGCUUGAAUAGGACACCAUGGGCAGCGAAAGCCAAAGUGAUCGGAUCAGCCGGCCCACGGUCCUUCUACGUACACACAGAGAACAACACCGUGCUGGGGCGCAACCGUCGGCACCUUCUGGCGACGAAGGAACCAUAUAGUGUUGGUUCACCAGACGACGAAGAUUUUGCCAACAACCACAUCCCAUUUCAAGGUGAGGCGUCAUCGACCACCGCAGCCUCACCCGCGUAA